UUUGGGUCAUCUGGGUUGUAAUGGUUUGACAUUUUGAAAAAGUGGGUCUCCUGAAAAGGUUUGAAAACCACUGGAUUGGAGGGCUGAAGUAACAAAUAUCUUCUUUGACCCACGAUGUCAGGUGUGAAAAACAGUUCCAGUGAGCACAGGUUCAGCCAGGCCACCCGUGCCUGUCCAGCUCCAACCCUGUAAUGUUCUCUGCCCUGUCUCAUGUCUACAAGAAAUCGAACUGACACCUAGAUCACCAGGUUACAGCCACAGCUGGUACAGAUGCAGUCAUCUGGAUUGAUCUAAGCUAAUUGGAAGGCGAUGGAAGAGGAGAUGCUGGUCAGUGAACCAUGUAGAUCACUCCCUACAGAACCCCUCCAGGAGUAUAAGAACCUGAGAAAACCCACUAGUCACAGGGACUUUGGUCUGGUUUUACAAACAGGCUCUUGCUCCACAGACUCCGACAUCACAACCCCUCUCAGGUAAGACAAUGAACGCCAGGAAUGUCCUUCUGAGCGUCUUCAGAGUAUGGACAGAUACUUAUAUUCUCUACUUUUUUUCCCUAUAAUUCAUCCCUGCAGUCAUGGAGUCAGAGGAAGUUAUCCGUGGAAUGCUGUAUUUGUCCCUCACAGUGGUUGGUGUCCCAGGAAACAGUGCUGUCAUCGUGGCAUUUUUCCUGUCACUUUACCACCAACCACGGCUGGCUGCUGCUGACGCCAUUGUGCUGCACCUGGUCUGUGCUAACCUGGUGGUGGUGGGGGUGCGCUGCCCUCUUGAAACCCUUGCUACCUUCCGCCUGGCCAAUGUUUUCGGGGACAAGACCUGCCAGGGGGUUAUCUUUGUGUACCGUAUGUCUCGUUCCCUCUCCAUCUGGCUAACCUUUGUACUGAGUACCUACCAGUGCCUGAGCAUCUCUCCUCCCGGCUCCCGCUGGGCCUCCUUCCGUGUCCUUGUGGCUCGUCACCUACAUGUGGUCUUCUUCACCCUCUGGGUCAUCACCGCCUCCAUGAGCUCGGCAGCCAUUUCCUACUCCGUGGGCUACCGGAAUGACUCCAGCCUCAGUCAGAACAGUGUCAACGUGCGGUUCUGCUACAUUCGCUUCCCUUCCGUGCAGUCCAUGGAGUUCAACGGGGCCGUGUCGGUGGGCAGGGACGUGGUGCCCAUGGCUCUGAUGACUGCCAGCAGCAUGCUCAUCCUGGUGUUCCUGUACCGCCACAGCCAGCAGGUACAGGGCAUCCGGAGCAGCUCCAGGGCCGGCGGCGGGGCAGAGCAGCGGGCCGCCAAGGCCGUGGUGGCUUUGGUGACCCUGUAUGUGGUCCUCUAUGGAGUGGAUAACGGACUGUGGGUGUACACCCUCACCGUCAGGCAGACCUUAAACUCCCCUCUGAUCUCAGACCUUCGAAUAUUCUUCUCGUCGCUGUUUUCGGCGAUCAGCCCCUUCCUGAUAAUAGCUACUAACAGGAAGGUGAGCAGCAGACUGAGGUGUGAGGGGCAGAAGAGGCCGGUUGAGGACAACGCCACAACACUCUCUACAGUGUGAGUUAGGGGUCAAAUAUAUGGUGGCAAAGACGAUGAAUGGUGAUGUUGAAUAAAUGAUGCUGCCGUCAGAGUUUGAAGUGGAAAGCGUGUUGAGUUAAAAUGUUGCUGUACAUUGUAAAAUGUAUUGCGAGGGUAUCGUACAGUUUCUAGGAGAACUGUGCAAUGAUGAAAUAUUUGUCUGUUUAAUAAUCUUUGGGGCAUGACGUUUUAUUUGAGCUGUUUUAAUUAUUGUGGCAAACUUAGAUUUAUGGAUCUGGAAGAUGAUUUGCAAAACAAAUGUGCCUGGAAAAUAAAAUAGAAGCAUCAAAGCAGUGUGAGAGUUUUUUUUGUCACACGGCCCAAUUGGUAAAAUGGCCAUGAUAUAAAUCAUUCCAGUUUUGUCCUGGUAUCAUUUUGUUUGUUAAUACGCUAUACUCCUUCAUUUUAAUUGCGUAGAAGAAAUAGAACCGGAUGACUAACAGCCCACUAUAACUGUCAAAUGACUUAAUGUCCUAUUGCUAAUGAAGGUAUCUAAUUUCCACUGAGAGACUCAUGUGUCAAGGGAAAACCAUUGGAACAAGAAAGAUACUAUGCGUUCAGUUUCUAAAUAGAAGUAUCUGAUGUGUGGGGGAUGGUGUUCAAAUAAUGCAGACUAAAUGUUUAAGAUAGAUUUCGACUAAUUCAUUUGCAGUGGUAUUUUCUGUAGUUGCAUUUCAUGUAGCUGUAUUCUGCCUCAGAAAAGCAAUCACUCAGUGAAAGGGUACAAAUCAAGGGGCAUCUUAAAGGGUGUUUGAAUGAUAACUUGUGAUUAUACAUGAUUAAAAAGUCCAACAAAUAUUGAUUCAAUCUUCUGUAGGAAGGAAAUACUUAUUCAUAUUUACACAUCUCUGUCAGUCUUUGAUUCUUUACAGAACUAUAUAAAACAUGGGUUUUAGUAUGUAUUUGACAUAUUAAAAUUAUGUACAGUAUUUUAAUGUAGUAUCGGUAUCAAUACAGUAUGUCUGCAGCACAAAACUAUUUUCAGUACAAAACUGCAAUAAGACAACUUAUCCAGUACAGGGCCAUACAUAAUAAUUCAAGUUCAGUUAUGUUUCUAAUGUGUGUCCAUAGCUGAGAGCCCAAAUAUCCAAAUGUUGUUUG